UGUUUACCUUAACAAGUGUGUGGUGCCAAGUCUAGCAAACUUUAAGAGUUUGUCUUCCACGACUUCUUCAACCCCCAAACAUGGAGGAACGAAGGACUUUUCACGUGGCGGACUAUGUUGUCUUCUCCCUAAUGUUAGUCAUAUCGGCCGGGAUCGGCGUUUACUACCGCUGUACGGGAGGGAAGCAGAAGACCACCCGAGAGUUCCUGAUGGCGGACCGCAAGAUGGGGGUGCUGCCUGUGGCCUUGUCCCUCCUUGCUAGCUUCACCUCCGCCAUUACCCUUCUCGGGGGCCCGGCAGAAAGCUACACCUUCGGGACGCAAUUCUGGGUCAUCAUUUUCUCCUAUUUCUUCACUUUCCCGGUUUGUGGGCAGGUGUUUUUGCCGAUCUUCUAUCGCCUAGAACUCACGAGCGCGUACGAGUACUUAGAACUUCGGUUUUCCCGUCCGGUUCGGAUCCUCGGAACGUGCAACUACAUGUUACAGAUGGUGGUGUACAUGGGGAUCGUGCUAUUUGCUCCGGCUCUUGCAAUCGAAGCUGUCACUGGGUUGAACGUCUGGAUAUCUGUCGUGUCCAUGGGAGUAGUCUGCACGUUUUAUACCACUCUCGGUGGCAUGAAGGCCGUGAUCUGGACAGACGUGUUCCAGUGUGUCAUCAUGUUUGCCGGGAUGAUCACGGUACUGAUCAAGGGCAGUAUCGAGGCCGGCGGGAUCGCACGGGUCUUCAGGGUGGCCGCCGAGUCGGACAGGAUCGACUUCUUCAACUUCAGCCCAGACCCAACCAUCCGCCACACUGUGUGGUGCCUUGUGGUUGGUGGAGCCUUCAACAACAUGGCGAUCUACGCGACCAAUCAGGCGCAAGUACAGAGAUAUUUGGCCGUUGGCACGGAGAAACAGGCGAAGCGAGCGAUGUGGCUGAACCUCCCCGGAGUAAUCCUGUCCAUCAGUAUUGUCCAGUUGUGCGGACUCAUCAUCCAUGCUCGCUACCACGGCUGUGAUCCGCUCAAGAACGGCAUCGUCGCCAGGUCCGACCAGCUGCUACCGUACUACGUGAUGGAGGUACUGGACAUCCCCGGACUCCCCGGGCUGUUCAUAUCCGGCAUCUUCAGCGGGGCUCUCAGCACGAUAUCGUCCGGCAUCAACUCGCUGGCGGCGGUGACUCUUGAAGACCUGAUCAAACCAACACUCAAGGUGCUGAAGAAGAAGGACAUGACUGAAGAAAGAGCCACUCUAGUGUCCAAAAUACUUGUGGUUGGGUUUGGAGGACUGUGCAUGCUCUUUGCUGUCCUCGCCUCUACCAUGGGCCAGGUUCUACAGGCUUCAAACAGCGUGUUCGGUGCUAUUGGUGGACCAUUGCUGGGACUGUUUUCCUUGGGAAUGCUGUUUCCAUGGGCUAACUCAGCAGGAGCGAUAGUUGGUCUCUUGUCUGGCAUUUUCAUAGCGUUUUGGAUCGCUGUCGGAGCCAAGAUUUUCCCUCCUUACUCUCCAACAAAGUCUACAUCCAUAGCAGACUGUAUCCUACCUAAUGUGACCAUGGCAAAUGCCACCACGCCCACUGUACCAUUCGCAACGAACGUUAUUAGUACUCUGAUGCCGACAGAUGAGCCAAGGCCAGCGAUAGCAGAAUUGUACACGUUGUCGUACAUGUGGUACAGCGCAACAGCGUUCGCGGUGGUGGUCGUAGUUGGACUAUUGGUCAGCUUCAUUACUGGACCCAACAAGCCUCAGCAGGUCGACCCCCGCCUGAUCUGCCCCGUGUUUGACCGGCUGCUGUGCUGCCUUCCCCUGCCCCAGUCAUGGAGACACUCCCUACACUGCGGGGUUCGGCAUUCACAGCAGGAACACGAACACUCAGAAGGUGAAUCACCCGAGACUGCUGCUUCACGGCUGUCUGAAGCUGCCACUGCCCGAGGGGAACAAACGAGCACUGGAGCACCGAAACCACUUCGGCAGCAGACGAGAGUAUAAGUAGGCCCAUCGAAUGUACUGUAUUGUAAAGUAUCUUAACAUUUUUCUUACCUUUGUCUGUUAUGUGAUUAAUAUGUGUGGAGUGAUGAGUUAAUAUUUCAUCAUAUAUUGUGCAAAUGGCUCCAACAUUUACACAAUGUAUGAAUAUUAUGGAAAUCCGUCUUUCCUUUAUUUUCUUAUCCGCAUUCGUUUUGAUUCACAAAACUUCCCCUGUAAUUCCAGUGCAAGCCGCAAGGGAGCCCAAACCUACACCACUUCUUCCUUUGCUAUGUGUCCCCAUAAUAUGUCCAUUACGUAAAAAAAAAAACUUCUGCUGCAGUACCAAGGUCAACCACCAGGCGGGCCAAAAUUGACCUUGACUUUUGGGUAUUCAACACCUACCCACAUACCAAAUAUCAAUCAUCCAGAGGUCCUUAGUUAAGCGGACAAAUAUUCUGAUACACACAAAUACACCACAAAUCACACCAAAACAAUAAGUUUUGAGUUUGAGCUGCCUUUAAUGAUAUUGAUAUAAACAAUUCUUCUUGUAAUGCAAACAAAAGUUCAUAAACCUGGCUCAUUCUUAGGAUAGCACGUACAUAUUUUGUCGUUAUACAGCAAAGAACAAUCUUUACAGCAUUUACAUUUUAUGAUACAAUUUGCCUAGACCAUAAUGAAAAAAAAUAUUACAAAGAAAUCUUAGAUACAUUUCCACUUGAGAAACCGAUUCUUCUUAACACUUAACACGAAAUUUCCUUUCCUUAUGCAUCAAUUUGCAUUGUAAAUACGAACUUCAUUAGAAUUCACAAGAGCAAAAUAAACAUUCUAUGCGCAUCUCUACGAGGGAUAAUGGAGAGGAAGACAUCUGAACUUUUACCAAUCUUUGCUACCAUGACUUAUGUUUUGUUUUAUGAUAUGUCAUUAUGUUUUACAAAGUUUCUUUAAUUACACUUUAUACAAUCAUGUUCAGACAUGUUUUUACUCUAUGUUGUGGCUUUGCAAUCGAUAAGCCCUGAUUAAAACUCUGACUU